UUAUGCAAAGACAAUUGUGAUAUAAAAGAAUGGUUUUUUUCUUUUCCUAUUAUCAGAUAUAUGGUGUCUUUUUGGAAAAUGUAAAAUCUAUUAAAAUGCUAAAUGAAGAUGGAGAAAAAGUAAUCAGAAAUUCAAGAGGCAAACGCCAUCGUUCUGCAAUCACGACUUGCUCCUUGCUUCUGGGUCUUGAAAAUUGGAGUGUUUGGUUGGAAGAUUAAGAUAGCCACAAGCGCAGGUCAUAAUUUAGCUGCCUUGCUUCAUUAUUGUUUACUCGGAUGCAGGAGAUGUCUUACAUGAAGCAUUUUUUGGGUGAAAUUGAGACUCAAAUUUCAGUGUUGAUAUCCUAUAAUUCUUCAUUCAACAUGUCAGAUAUUCUCAGUUACACGGCUUGCAGACAGUUAUCCCAAAUGUUCUUGGCAGUUUUCUUCUUUCAUAGUUCUGAAUAUGUUCUGGCAAUUGUCUUCCAUGGUAGUUCCAAUGUUACUCUUAAGUCACUUUUGAUUAGUAAGAAUUAUGUUUUAGCAAUGUUAUUUUCCUUGAUGGAGUACUUUGUUGAAAUCUUUUUCUUUCCUGGGUUGAAGGAAUAUUGGUGGAUUAGCUAUAUAGGUCUUGCAAUGGUUAUUAUCGGGGAAAUCAUUAGGAAAUUGGCAAUUAUAACAGCUGGUCAGGCCUUCACACAUCUAAUUGAGGUUCACCAUGAGGAACAUCACAAACUAGUUACUCAUGGAGUCUAUAGUUGUGUUCGUCAUCCUGGUUAUUGUGGUUUCCUCAUCUGGUCAGUUGGCACCCAGAUAAUGCUGUGUAAUCCCAUCUCCACAAUUGGAUUUACAAUUAUUGUGUGGAGGUUUUUCGCUUUGCGGAUACUGUAUGAGGAGUAUUUGUUGAGACAGUUUUUUGGGCAACAGUAUGAGGAAUAUGCCCAGCGAGUCCCUUCUGGGGUGCCCUUUGUAGAGUAGACACAGUUGCUUUUGUCUUGCAUACUCACCUUGCUUCAUCCAGUAAGUUAGCUGCAGUUUUCUCGUUGAGGUGAACAUCUUUGAAGCUGAGCAGAUCAAUGGCUGGCAAGAGUGACCAUUUUUAUUUGUCCUUCUGUAUUGUGGCUUUAUUCUUGGCUGAGACUGUGUACCAUUGACACAGGUGGAGUACUAUGAAGAUGAUUUUUUAUUGUAAGGUAAUUGGUAGCAGCUUACAGAUAUCCAUCCUGAGUUAUUUUAGUCAUUUCAAGGCUUUUACUCGGUUUAUAAUCCAGAAAGUUAUUGUUAAUUUCUGUUUAUCUGAAUGUAAAAUUGCCCUUUCAACUCAGUUUUUGAAAAUUGUGAGCCCCAUUUGAUUCUGUAACUUUUAUUUGUUUUCUGCUUGGAUUGGUUUCUUGUAGAGGAGCAUUUUAGUCAUAAUUUUUUAUUUUUCUCAAAGUUCAAUUCAGAGAUUGGUUCCCAUCAGUUAGAUUCACCUGUAGUUGCUGAGAACAACAUAGUUGUAAUUGUAUUUAGUGAAUGUAGAUAUUUGCCAUUCAACCGA